UCAGCUAAGCUAAAGGGUAGCAGUAGCGGUAGCAGCAUUAGCACCUACUGUAUUUACAUCUGGGAUAUGAUGGGUGACCGCACUAACCCGCCCAGCAGGGCUAUGUCCUCGGCAGCCACCACAUCUCCAUCUGUGGACAAAGUGGACGGAUUUUCACGGAAGUCUGUCAGGAAGGCCAAGCAGAAGCGGUCGCAGAGUUCAUCCCAGUUCCGCUCUCAGGGCAAACCCAUAGAGCUCACGCCCUUGCCGCUGCUCAAGGACGUGCCAGCGCCGGAGCAGCCGGAGCUGUUCCUGAAGAAGCUGCAGCAGUGCUGUACUGUCUUUGACUUCAUGGACACGCUGUCGGACCUCAAGAUGAAGGAGUACAAACGCUCCACGCUCAACGAGCUGGUCGACUACGUGACCGUCAGCCGGGGCUACCUGACAGAGCAGGCCUACCCUGAGGUCGUCAAAAUGGUGUCUCACAACAUUUUCCGGACCCUUCCGCCCAGUGACAGUAACGAGUUUGACCCAGAGGAGGACGAGCCAACACUCGAGGCCUCCUGGCCACACUUACAGUUGGUAUACGAGUUCUUCAUCCGGUUCUUGGAGAGUCAGGAAUUCCAGCCCAGCAUUGCCAAAAAGUACAUAGACCAGAAGUUUGUCCUACAGCUCUUGGAGUUGUUCGACAGCGAGGAUCCUCGGGAGAGAGACUACCUGAAGACAGUCUUGCAUAGAAUCUACGGCAAAUUCCUGGGUCUGAGGGCUUUUAUACGAAAACAGAUCAAUAAUAUUUUUCUACGUUUUGUUUAUGAGACGGAGCACUUCAACGGGGUGGCGGAGUUGCUGGAGAUCCUGGGGAGUAUAAUCAAUGGUUUCGCUCUGCCACUGAAAGCAGAGCAUAAACAGUUUCUGGUCAAAGUGUUGAUCCCCCUCCACACUGUCAGGAGUCUGUCCCUCUUCCACGCACAGUUGGCGUAUUGCAUUGUACAGUUCCUAGAGAAAGACCCAACAUUAACAGAACCAGUCAUCAGAGGCUUACUGAAGUUCUGGCCAAAAACCUGCAGUCAAAAAGAGGUGAUGUUUCUAGGUGAGCUUGAGGAAAUCCUGGACGUCAUCGAACCCACACAGUUCGUCAAGAUCCAGGAGCCGCUCUUCAAACAGAUCUCCAGAUGUGUCUCCAGCCCACAUUUCCAGGUUGCGGAGCGAGCUCUGUACUACUGGAACAACGAGUACAUCAUGAGUCUGAUCGAGGAGAACUCCAGCGUCAUCCUGCCCAUCAUGUUCGCCAGCCUCUACAGGAUCUCCAAAGAGCACUGGAACCCUGAGAAGAAGAAGGAGAAGGAGCGAGAGGAGCUGUGGAAGAAGCUGGAGGACUUGGAGCUGAAGAGGGGCCUUAGGAGCGACGGGAUCAUCCCAACUUAACAAAGACAGCAGCCACGCUCCCCUCUGCCCUGCCCACCCCCCUUACCUCCCCCACCUCCUCCUCUUCCUCUCCCUCCUUCUGACUCCCUCUCCCCUUCCAUCUUAUCCCUGACUCCCACCUUCCCUCCUCCUCCUCCUCUACAUCAGCCAUGUCUGCCCAGAGCUCUGAGAAAUCCCCGAUAAAGGCCAUCGCCUCUGGAUGGACACGGAGCGCCCGCUGGUUUCUUAAUUGUUUUUUUUUCUUAUGUUUUUUUUUUUUUUUCUCCUGUGUUUGUGCGACUUACUUUACAGUAGAUUCAUCACGUCUGUUUUCAUUAUUUCAAACAACACUGUAAAUAAUUCUUUUUUUCUUUUUUCUGUUUUCUUUUUUUUUUUUUUUUUUUUCCCUUAAACUGAUAUUAUUGCAAACGGAAAAAAACCCACAAAACAAUAAUAAUAAAAAAAAACUUUAAAAAAAAAAAAAAAAAGGAAGAAAACAAUAGAAAA